UGUCCACCUCACUCUGGUGCGGGUGUUGUCCGCCCCACGCACACACUGAGCGCGUUGCUUCUUCCAUCCCCUCCUCGCGGGCGGCAGUUCACUUCAUUGUAGCGACCGAGCUCUCCAAUUAGGCGAGAAUUGGGCAGUUUUAGAUGUGAAAUCUGUCCCGCGGCUCUCAGGGGGAGGACUGCGAACCGCCAACGAGAGGCUCAGACAAGUUCUGAGUGCGAGGACGCAGGGCGAAGCGACACGCAGUCAUGCCUUCAGUGAUGGAGCGCUCAGGCGCAGGGGUCCUGUCCAGGAGCAGAGCCAAAACCGUUACCAACGGAAACAGCCAACCACACUCUGAGGAAGAGAGCAGCGACGAAGAGCACGCUCAUGACAGCAUGAUCCGAGUGGGAGGAGACUACCAGGCUCAGAUACCAGAGUUUAAACCAGACACUCCAUCUGGCUGCAGUGAGAAGGACCAGAGGAGCAUGCUGGUCUGGUGUCCCAACAGUCAGCUCUCUGAUGCAAUGUUGGACGAGUACAUCCUCAUGGCUAAAGAGAAGCACGGAUACAACAUGGAGCAGGCUCUAGGCAUGUUGUUAUGGCACAAGCACGACGUGGAGCGCUCGCUGGCUGACCUGGCCAACUUCACGCCCUUCCCAGACGAGUGGACAAUCGAGGACAAAGUUCUGUUCGAGCAGGCCUUCAGCUUCCACGGCAAAAGCUUCCACCGCAUCCAGCAGAUGCUCCCCGACAAGUUGAUAUCCAGCCUGGUGAAGUACUACUACAGCUGGAAGAAGACCAGGACCAGGACUUCAGUGAUGGACCGACAGGCCAGAAGACUGCUCAACAAGAGAGAGAAAGAUGACAGGUUUCAAAUUAAUGAUGAGGUGGAGGAAGGAGAGCCAGCCAGUGACAGUGACUUUGAGGUGGAUACAAAGAAAGAGGCAGUGAAGCAGAACCCGAGCAGCACCAGCUCAGACAAGCCCACACCCAGCCGCUCUGGACCCGUCAAGAAGGAGAGCGUCGGGGCUCAGUACAGACACCACCCGCUCAGGUCGCGCCGCAGGCCGCCUAAAGGCAUGCACCUGGUCCAAGCCGACAUCAUGGCGCUGUCGGCCUCUCAGGACGCCGGGGCGGUGACUGUCCGGCAGCUGGACACCCACCUGGUUUCUCUUAAGAGACAGGUUCAGUCCAUUAAACAGACCAACAGCAGUUUGAAGCAGAGUUUAGCUGAAGGCUUGGACUCCUGCAAACCAGCUGAGUCUGUGCCUAAGAUGAACUCUCGCUGGACCACAGAGGAGCAGCUGCUGGCGGUUCAAGCUAUUCGUCGUUACGGGAAAGACUUCACCGCCAUCGCUGAAGUGAUCGGCACCAAGACAGCAGCUCAGGUGAGCUCCUUCUUCGUGAGCUAUCGGCGCCGUUUCAACCUCGACGAGGUGCUGAGGGAGUGGGCGGCCGAACAGGUGGCCACCAACCGAGACCAGAGAGACCCGAGGAGGAGCACGGAGGAGAUGUCAUCACCAGAAGGAGCGUCAGAGGAACAUGAGGUGAAAAUGGAGGACUCUCCUCCAGACCCCUCCAGCAGCUCUUCUCCCCCCUCUUCCACUCAGACCACCUCCUCCCUCUCCCAGCCCCCUCCCCUACUGCGCCCAGCUCCUCCAACAGGACCCCCGAGCCUCCUCCGUCAGCCGCCGCCUCUUCAGACCCGCCCCCUCCAGAGCAGAGCGCCGCACAACCACCCUCCUCCUCCGCUCAUUCGACCCGCGGUCACCGCCUCUUCCAGCCUCAGGGGUUCCCCUCCCCGCUCCUCGUCUUCCUCCGCCGCCACGCAGAUGCCCCCCUCGUUGGUCGGGCUCAAAGUGGAGCAGCCCAGCUCCCACUGACGCGCUCGGAGGAGGACAGCAGGAAAAUGGGCUCAAAGAUCUCCUAAAACGCCGUCACACACUUGACCUCUGUGUCCCCCUGCUGUCUGCACCAACAGCUACCUCUGGAAAAAACAGGCUCAUGCACACACUCCCUCAGAGGAACUCAAAUUUACCCCCCUCCCCCUCACAUGCACACCUCCAUCUUUGUACCAAAAGACAUCAGACUGAGGAGUUUCAUCUCCAUGGAGACAGAUGGCAGCUGAGCUGUAGUUUCACUGGUGUGAAGAUUCAGGUAAAAGAAACAUUUCCAUUAAGAUCUGCUGUAGAAGGGCGUUCAGCAGGAUUUGAGCCUGAGAGGAGUUCAUGGUUCCAAAACCGUGGAAGGAGGGCCUGCAUUAACAUGCGUUAGGUGAAGGGGGGGUCCUAGCUUUCAUGUGUGCCAGAACUUUAGCUAGAUGGUUAGUGAGUGUAGUUUAGAUUCCUAAUUAUUGACUAAGCACUCUGGAGAAAAGACCCCCCCCCAAAAAAAAAAACAAAAAAACAAAACCCAUCUCCAGUUUCCUUUACUUCAAUCUGUGGGAAAAUCUGACCCUGUGACCUCCCACAACCUAAAAUAUGAAUAUAUAUUUAUAUUUGACUUUAAAAAGCACAACGUUCAAAAAGUCGUUGGGCUUCAGACAAAAAAUGUUUACAAUUCAGGUUUACUUCAUGGAUGUUUAGACACUGGAAAACGGAGGAAAUACGUGUUCGAUCGGUUCAGAUAAUGUGUUCAUAAAGACAAAGCGUAAUCACAUCGGAUUUUUACAGGUUUUCUCUGAAACUUUUCUGUAAAAUAUUUUUCUUUUUUUUUAAACUUGACCAAAAACGUCAUUUUCAUUUCAUUUGUGACCGUAGUCCCACACUGAAUGGCAGAUGUCGCCUUCCUACAGCAUUUAUUUUUCUCACAUUUGUUCAUUUUUCUGUGUGCGGUUUGAGAGAACUCUGUGGAAACGGGACGCUUUGUGUUAAGACUUUAAAAUAAACACGUGACCAAAUAGUUA